GCUGAUCCAGCUGGAGGGCAGUUGGCCAACGACCGCGUCCGAACGCGGUCCUUUCGCAUUCGCAAAUACUUGGGAUAUACUUGGCUGGCGGUAUCAAGGUCAAACGACAGCUUCGAUCGAAACGGUCGUAAGCGACGAUACUUCGAAAUAGGCGUGUCACAUCGGUGUUAGAUCGUUGUCCACCGCAUGCAAGUACGGACGUGUUGGAUAAGGAUCGCCAAGAGAACCAUGAGGUGGAUAGCAGCAAUCGCUGGCUUUUUCCUGAUCUUCAUCUUUCCACGGGAUAUCGAAGCCCGUACUGAAGCGAAACGCAGUAUAGACCUGAACGAUGUUUACCUAUCGAAAGUAAAUCAACGCAGAUUACCAACGGAAGUAGUGCCCAUCAGUUAUCACGUAGAGCUUGAACCUUUCAUCGGAAACGACAAAUUCAACGGUCGAGUCAGCAUCGACGUCACUUGGACAGAUAUCAGUGACACGAUCGUUUUAAAUGCUCAUCCGGACCUAGCGAUCACCAACUACAAUGUUAAGAUCAUUCAGGCAUCGUUUGAAGAGAGGGAAAAAGGUUUGCCGCUGAUGGAUGUAAACGUUGCGAGGGUCAGCCGUCGCAAUCAAUGGCAAUCCAGCUACGCAAUUUAUCUCGAACAGAUGUUGAAGAACGGUAGCAGCUGCGAGAUAAAUCUCGCUUUUACCGGAAAUCUGACUACCGACGAAACCAGCGGCUUAUUCAGACAUGAAUAUUCCGACUCCAAUGGAAAGAAACAUUCCUUCGUAGCUACAAACCUCAGAUUGGACAAUGCACAGACUGUUUUCCCUUGCAUGGACGAACCUCCUUACAAAGCGGCCUUCAAACUCAGCGUCUUACGGCCAAAGAACAUGACUGCCCUUUCGAACACUCCGUUAGAACUUAUCACAGACUCAACCGAGGACCCGAAUUUAGUUUGGGAUCAUUUUGAGCUGACGCCGCAAAUAUCGACGUACCAGUUAGCUUUGAUAGUGUCGGAUUUCCAGAACAUCUCUCCUACGCAGGAAAUCAAUGAAAUGGAUGGAAGAAAGCUCAAGAUCAACGUGUGGGGACGAAAGGAAUUCUUGGACUCUUUGUCAGACGUUCCUGACAAAGUUGUCAGGAUUAUAAAUUAUUUGCAGGACUACUUCAACAGCUCGAUUGUUUUACCGAAACUCGAUUUGGUAGCGGUCCCUUCGUACGGUGCUACCAAAGCAUCUGACAGUUGGGGCCUGAUGUUCUUCAAAGAAAGUGAACUGAGCAGCCCAUCUAUUUGGAAUACAGCCUACGAAUUGAUUUACCAAUGGAUCGGUCAAUACAUCACACCAUUUCGUUGGAGCGAUGCACCUGUUAACAAAGCACUGAAUUCGUUCUUAGCCUCGAUGACGACGGUGAACCUCAAUCCAGACGAAAUGGAAGGAAAAUGGCCAAUGACCAUGUUAUAUUCCCUUUAUUACGAAUUUGGAAAGUUCGAACCUUUCUCAAGGGUCGGUGGCAUCAGAAACGAAGCUACAUCGGCGAAAACGGAACUGGUAUUCAGGAUGUUCAAUUACACUCUAGGCAAAGAUCUGUUCCAGAAAGGCGUUCGAAAUUUCAUUCGACAAAAUUCGGAAGAAAAUCAACGAACCUUUUUCGCAGAUGACAUUUACAGCCGAUUGAACGAUGUCGCGGCUGAAAUGGACAUUUUACCAAACGGCUUGACAGUCAAUUCUAUCGCGGGGCCAUGGACUAAUCGUGAUAGGGUACCAUUGGUCACUGUCAUUCGCGAAUAUGAAACUCAAACAAUUACGCUUAGCCAAAAAGUCUACCUCAGGGAAGCUGCACGAGCCUCCGCUCCUAAAGUUUCUUAUGAAUGGGAUAUACCGAUAGUAAUGAUGUCCCAAGAAAAAUUGGAAUUUCAAGCACCUUGUCGCCUAUGGUUGACAAAAGGAAUUAAAGCAAAGAAUUUGACAGAUAUCGCCAACGAAAAUCAGUUUAUCAUUGUCAAUCCGGAGGAAAUAGGUAUGUUCCCGGUAAACUAUGACUCCUGCAACUGGAAAAUGUUAUCGCAGUAUUUACAAGGACCAGACCGAGAAAGGAUUCCGGUUUUAACCAGAGCAAAACUCCUUCACGAUUCUUGGAAUCUAGCAUAUUCUGGAGAAUUAUGCUUCGGGAUUGCAUUAAAUAUGACUCUGUUUUUGAAAGAAGAAAGAAGUCACGUCGUAUGGGAACCAGUCUUUAUGAUGAUCGAUCAUAUCGGUAGACGUAUCGAGGGUUUCGAUGUAUAUCCGAAAUUUGAGGCAUAUAUACGCACUUUAUUGAAGCCUCUAUACGAAGAACUUAAUAAAACUAUAGAACAGAAUGAACCAUCUUGGAAAACUCACAUGCGAGGAAUGGCGAAAAAUUUCCUUUGUCGUGCUGGAUACGAACCAUGUGUUAACGAAGCAAGGGAUCAGUACAAAAAGUGGCUGACGGAUAAGGAACCAGAUAAAGGAAAUCCAGUUGCCAAUGAAUUUAUUUGUCCAGUAUUUAAAUGGGGUUCUGAAGAGGAAUGGGAAUUUGGACUUCAACGUGUUAUAAACUUCCCUCAAAAUAGUCCAGAAAGGAAACAAAAUGAACGCACAUAUCUCUUGAAAUCCUUAGCUGGUUGUCCAAAAGACACAUAUAAAAUUGAAAGGUUGUUAAAUGUAACAAUUCUCGAUCAGAAUGGAAACUUUACUGAUUCAGAUAUCCAACUAAUUUUUGUUACAUUAAGUGGUGGAGCAGCUGGUUACACAACUCUUCUCAACUUUUUAACUGAUAACUGGGAUACAGUGAAACAGAGAUUUGAAGAUAAAAAACACCUUUGGUACCGCAUGAUAGAAUCUGCAACUUCUUCAUUUACCUGUCAAAAGGGUUUAGAUUUAGUUCAUAAAUUGUACGAAAGCCAUUCAGAAGAAUUUCCACCCGAUCUUAUGAAUGAAAAAACUUCCAAAACAGAAAUAAAAGAAUGGAACGAAAAGAACCUUCCAGUAAUUGAUGCUUGGCUUAUGGAAAAUCUGCCAAAAGAGGAACUGAAAAUUAUUCAAGCUUAUGCAGUCAACACUACUACUCCCCUUUCGGUUGAACUUGAAUUUUGAAUUGUACAAAAGUAUUAACAAUUUAGAAAUAUGAAAAAGAAUUUUUAAUUUUCCGGAGUGUUUACAAGCUAUAUUUUAAACCAAUGACACACUGCUUGGUUUAGACAUAUAAAUAAUACCAGGACUUCUAACAAUAAAAUGAAAGAUUAUUAUAUACUAAAAUAUAAAUUAUGUGAAGUUAUUAAGAGAAUUAGAUUUAAUAAUAAUAACUUGGAUUUAAUAAUAAUUUGUUGUUAUAAUUUUCUUUAUUUAUUAAAGGUACAAAGCUUUUACCUAUGUAUAAUUGCUAUUAUAUAUGUAAUUUAAAUUUGAAUAAACAAUACAAUUAUAUACAAUGUAAAUUUAUCAAGAUCUGAUAAAAUUUACAAAUAACUUUUAUCUGUAAAGAGGAGAACUUCAUUUAUAUCAUCUUAAUUACUGCUUAAUCGAAUAAAAAUUUAACAAUAAUAUAAUAA